AUGCAAAACCUUCUGGCCAUCUGCUUCCUUGCCACCUUCAUAGCUACAGGGGCAUCCUUGUCGUGUGAGGUCUGUGAAGGCAUUGGAGACACCUGCGAGGGACCUUUGCACACUUGCCCCCCUGGUUUUGACACCUGUGGCAUCAUCCAGGAAGAGGCAAAAAUGGGAAUCCUUGUUAAGAUGACCGUGAAGACCUGCUUCCCAGCCAGUGUUUGUGAAGAAGGCCUCACUGUUAUAAAUUUAGGCAAAGUUGGAACAACAGUGAAGAAAGUUACCUGCUGUGUGGGGAACGAGUGCAUGAGGGUCCUUCCCGCCUUGCCACCCAUCGAUACCGCUCUCAAUGGGAAAAGAUGUCCAGCUUGUUAUUCUGUCCAUGGUUUGGCAUGCCAGGAAGAGAUUGCCCAGUGUGCUGGAGAUGAGCAGUAUUGUUUUGACUUGGCUGGGACUGUAACUGUAGGGGGAAUGACCAUGACAGUCAUCAUGAAGGGCUGCACCAAUCAUGCCGCAUGCAAUGACACACUUCAUGGUUCAGGCGCAUUUGCCGGGAUUAGUGUUGUUGCAACAGCCAAUUGCACACUAGCCUCUGGGACGGCCAGCUUUGUUCCAGAAUUCACCGGGCUCUUCUUCCAAGCCUUUGCUGGAAUCCUACUUGGAAAGAUCUUCAGUAGACUUGCACUAGGAUGA